UUGAAAUCGACGACACAAGCGGAACAGCUGAACAAGGGUGCGUUUUAACUUUAAUUUGAGUUUGCUUUUGACGAUCAUGAAGAAUCUGAGAUGGGCAAUGGAUGCUGGAUUUUGGGAUCUGGACAUGUCCACUCCGAGGGUUAUUGACGGGGUCGCGCGCCCUGUUCGUGGAGACCCUCUGCCUUUAGGUCUGUCGAGAGGGACCAGGCUUUCGAGGCCCAAGCAGAUUGACUUUAUGCAGCGUUUCAUGUAUAUGCCUUUCGUUCCUUCUUACGUUGGUGAUCCUUCCAGUGGCAGCCACGGUUUAUCUCUGCAACGCGUACUCACCUUCCCUUUCCGUGAAAACUUGUUUGCUACUGUGUUGGGCCAGCUGAAUUUGCAGAAAUUAAUAUCUUCUGUAAAAGAGUGCCGAUCAAACAACACCCUGGACUCAUCAUGGUUGAGAAACAUUGGGAGAAUCCUUUGCAGUAAAUCCAUUUAUGCUAGUGGUUUGUUCUUAGAAUUCCUGAUCACACCUGACAGUACAUUACUUGUGAGCUCAGAUGUAUAUGGUGAACAGAAGAGACCUCGAAACAAGGCAGUUUUUUAUCACAAGUUUCCAUGGCAUGAUUUAACUGUUGAAGCGGUAUGGCCUGAACUGUUUGUGGACAAGGCUGGUACUUAUUGGGAUGUGCCAUUGUUGAUGACAAUUGAUCUGGCUUCUCUUGCUUCCGACUCUGGCUUCAGCAAUCACUUCAGCAUACAUUAUAAUGGAGGGGAGCCCAAGCAGUUUGAUGGCAAUCAGAUAGGUCAGAUACCUCCUACUUUACUCCCUGGGAUUUGUGUCAAACAAGCCUUCUCUAUUAAAAAAGAUGUGGACAUCUGGAGAAAUGAAGCUGGCAAAUUGAAAAUGGUGCAACCAUAUGACAUUUUCCUGUCAGAUCCUCACAUUUCCGCAUCAGGAAUCAUUGGUACUGUAGUUACUGCAUCUUUUGGAGACAAUUCCGUGAGAUCACAAGGAAAAGAUGCAGUGCUGGGCCCUGGGGGCUUCAGUCUAUACUCCUCUGGAAAAAAGUCUGCCCUUUUGGCAGAUUUAUUUGCAUCUGUUUCCUAUACAGCUCAGCAUGGCCACUUCCAAAGACUCUUCUUGGAUCUUACCAGGUUACAUGCGCGCCUGGAUUUCCCGUCAGGUUCAAAAUUUGUAGCUGGGGCGGCAUGUCUGGCACAAGAUCUUUACCAUUCUCAAACACCUGAUUUGAAGGCAGUUCAAGCAAUUUGCCCAGAUGUCACCCUCUCUCUUCAACAACAGAUUGGUGGGCCUUUUAGCGUUCGAGUUGAUUCAAGGCUUGGAUUGGAUUUGAACAACAGAGGUUGGCAUGCCCAUGUACAUGAGUCAGUUUUUGCCAUUGAAUAUGCCUUACAAGUUCUUGGUUCAGCAAAGGCCGUGCUAUGGUAUUCCACCAAACAUCGAGAAGCCAUGGUUGAGCUCCGUUUCUUCGAGACAUAAGCAAAAAAUCUGGUAUGUUAUUUCCUUUGUA